AUGGGAACGGUGCUGCGAGCAGCCGUGCUCCUGAGCUCCCUUCUGCACUGUAAUGCUUUUCUGGAGCUGAGUGGCCCCAGUGAGAUCAAAGGGGUCUGGAAGGACUCUGUCACUCUGCCUUGUGCCUAUGUGCCUGUGGAGGACCUCGUGCAGCAAACCCUCACCUGGACUGUGGUGCAUGACGAGGGUUCAGGUGCCAUCAUCCGGAGGGAUGACUCCGGGGACCAGGUUCUCCUGUCUGAGUAUAGAGACAGAGUCAGCAUCCCGAAGGAUGACCCAGGAAAUGUGUCUCUCAUCAUCCUGAGCCUGGAGAUCUCUGACAAAGGAACCUACACUUGCCAGGUCACCUGGAGAGACAGCAACAACAGCCUGAUAGCAAAGGAGAUCACCACCAGCUUGGAGGUUGUUAAAGUGGCAGCCACCAAGCCCAUCAUCAGAGCGGCGGAGCCGGGGCUGACGCUGCCGGCCGGGGCCAGCACCAGCCUGAGCUGCGAGGCCGGCGGCUCCCCUCCCAUCAGCUACCGCUGGUUCCGCCGCGGCCCGGCGGGCACGGCCGAGCUCCUGCGCAGCGGGGCCGAGCUGGCCUGGCGCGGCCUGCGGCCCUCGGACAGCGGCACGUACUUCUGCGAGGCGCACAACAGGGCCGGGGCCGGCGCCGUGCAGCGCAGCGAUGCCGUGCGCCUGACGGUCACAGAUGUGCCCACAACAACAGCAGCCUUGCAGAGGAAUGUGGGAACCACGGGGGGACUCCACUCAACCGCAGGUCAGGGUGAGAGCGAAAAACCUGAAACAGAGCUGGUGUCUGGAGGUACCUCAGCAAUCUCCUGGACUCUCUGGGGCCCCACCACUACUGCAGAUCUGCCCAUAACAGCAACAACUUCUGAGAGUGGUGUGGGAUAUCCAGGGAAGAAUGAAACAAUUCAGGAGUUCCAGAGGACUGGCUUGUCCCUGUACAUGGUCAUCCUGAUUGCUGUGGUGUGUGGUGCUGUGGUUUUCCUUAUCAUCUCUCUUAUCACUUGCAUUAGAAAGCCCAAAGAAGCUCAAGUCUAUGAUGUAAAAUUCCACAACUCGAGAGCAGCUUCCUCAAGCACAGGUCACUAUGAGGAACCCAUCUCUGCCACUGAAAACCACUAUGUGAUGGAGCUUGGGGAAAGCAAAGUCUCUGAAGAAGUAAAUAAGGAUGUGUCUGGCUGUGUGGCAAACGCCCAGGAAUCUGAGUAUGAAGUAGGGGACACUUCCUGAGACCCAGCAAUGCUCUGCAGAUACCAGUCCUGAGGAGCACCUUCACCCAGACAAAAUACAUAUUUAUUUUCCCUUCUGCCCCUGACAAAUAGGUUGGACAAGCAGUGGUUGCUCUCCCUCCACAGUCCCUGCAGUGAAAAUGCAGGAACUUCAGUUACAGACUGCUGUAUAGAAUUUCUGAUUUUGUUUUCCUUGAUUCCCUUUCACACCUGUAUCCACUAAAGCCCUUUGAAUGCUGCAGGUCCCAGGCUAGGAGCACUGUACUGAUCUUACUGCUGUAUCUGUCCCAAAGGAGCAGUGUUUGCAGCCUUUGUGUGAUGGGAGGAGAGCCAGGGGUGCUCAGUGUAA